CUCAGCAGCCAAUAGAUUGUCGUGAACAUUGAUGGACACAAGUACUAAGCACAAAACCCAAUUAAGCAGACAAGCCGACAUAUUCCGCAGUCAAAACUAUUUUAAAAUUUAACCAAUAAGCAACAAAGUACGCGCAUAAGCACAAACAACAAGAAUGUCUACGAAAAAUCUACAAUCACUCGUUGGAACCACCACACGCUACAUCGCCGGCAGAAAUGCGAUGCAAACGGUCUAUUGGCGCACACUGCCAGGCACCAAUGGAAAGAUGGUGAAGAUACACAAAAACUGUGAAUUUGAUAAAGUACAAAAUUUGCCCGCCAAAAUUCGCAUGCAGUAUUAUAACAGAAAUUAUUGGGCACCAACGACCGAGGAUGGGCAAUGAGUGGUCGCCGCGACGCGUUGGCUCGGGAAAAGCGAAAUAAAAAAAUAAGCGAAUUUUUAGUUCAAUAAGUAUUCGUUCGUGCGAAUGUAAUUUAAGUACUGUGUAUAUAUAUGUAUGCCUUAGUGUUAGUAAGUAAUGUCUCAAUUUAAUUAGUUAAUUUUUAUAUAGAAAAAAUAGUAAAUUAUUAAAAUCGAACGACCACAUAUAUGUA